UCAAUGUCACUUGGAUAUAUUUAUGUAUGUUUUGCUUCUCUGUCAUUUUUUAUUUACAGUUUUUGCGUGCUUUGUUGUUUAUUCGUGAUUUAUUCUUGAAUAAAAUAAAUCGUUCAAGAUGAACUGCUGUGAGAAUAUUUCAAUGCCGAGUUGUGUUUGGUUUGAGAGCGGAGAAAAACGUAAUAUCUUGGCGUCGAUCUUCGCAGGAUUGUUGUUCUUUUCUGGCUGGUGGUUCAUCAUUGAUGCAGCAUCCGUAUAUCCUGGUAACCUCCCUGAUGCUGCCCAUGUGUGCGGGGUGAUGGCCACUCUAUCACUGAUCAUGGUUAAUUCAGUGUCCAAUGCUCAGGUGCGCGGCGAGACUUACACGGGCGGGUGCAUGGGCCCCCGGGGCGCGCGCCUGUGGCUGUUCCUGGGCUUCGUGGUCGGCUUCGCGUCCCUCAUCGCCUCCUGCUGGAUACUCUUCGCCAAUUAUGUACACGCUGGUAACAACAAGUCAACCUGGCCCGGCGUGAGUCUGUUCCUGCAGAACGCGCUCAUUUUCGCUGGCUCGCUGGUCUACAAGUUCGGUCGCACCGAGGACCUCUGGGGCUAACUGCUAGCUAUUUGUAAUCUCAGUUCAACUCUGUCCCAUUUGUUUAUCGCGUUAUUGUUCCGCAAUAGGUUAGAUGGAAGGGGUAUAACAUUAUAUUUCAAAAUGAAACUCAAUGAUAGUUUUCACGAUCAUGGAUCUCGAAAUAUGACAUGAACACAUCUGAAGUGAACACAUUUAUGAAGUACCUAAAACGACAAAUUAUAGAGCAUAUAUAUAUAUAUAGCGGGAAUUUUAUUUUAUGAACUAUUUUUGUCCUUCCCGACAAUUCUUUCGACUUUUUAAACUCCCACUACACACACAGACACACACACAUAUAUAUAUAUAUAUAUUAAUAUGUAUUCCUAAUUAUAGUAUAAUUGAGUUCAUGAAUAUUGUAACAAAUUUAUGCAAUGGUAUAUCCUUUCCAUCCAAUCCUGCCCUCCUAGACAAAUGGUAAAAUAAUCUAUUGAUAUAUAUGUUAUCGCUACCGCGUGCAUGUGAUAAAGUGAGAUAGCAACAUUCGGCAUUUGAUUCUGUGUGCGCUAGCGAAAAUGGUAGAUUAAUUUGCUAUUAUCGAGAGGCUGUGUACUGAAUGGAACAAAUGUUGAUAUUCUUAAAUCUAUUAUACUAUUUCAAGAUAUAAAGUCUCGAUUUAUUCCAUCUUGGAUUUAUUACUGUAAGAAUUCUUUUUUAUAUUUAAUUAUUUAGAACAAAUGUAAGUGUAAAAUAAAUCAUUAAAAAUGCUAAUAUUUGUAACGUCUAAUUCACAGAGCUUUAGUAUUUUUUUUUUAUUUUUAUUUAAUAGAAAUAUCUCUUACUAUUUUUUUUUUAUACAACUUAGAAUGGCAAACAAGCUGACGGCCCACCUGAUGGAAAGUGGUAACCGCCGCCUAUAGACAUGAGCAGUGCCAAGGACAUAACAGAGUAUACUGUUUCGCCCAUGAUACCCCCCAUGCGUUGCCAUUCCUGAGGACUCAGGUGUUAUUCCUCUGUACCCUGUAAAUUCACGCCAUAUCCCAUCCUUCAAACCGAAACACAGCCAUGCAAACACAACUGCUUCACGGUUGAAACACGAAUGGGAUAGAGGUACACAAGCAAUUGACUUUUGUACAAAGUCUCCCUCUGGUGAAUAACUAGUAAAUAACUUACAUGUACCUAUUCCUAUAAGUUUAUUUUUUGCAAGAUAGCAUUUCGCUUCAUACUCGUUGGAGACAAUAUAGUGAGUUUAUAAAAUUCCCGUUAUACAUAUAUAUAGAGACAUUGUUAAAAGAUGAACAUAUAUUGUAAAAAUAAAAAAUAAUAAAAUAUUUAAGACUUGUUUGUAUGAUUUGGAAUUCAAACAUUUUCAGUAUUGAAUGACGAAUGUGCAUGGUGUUAGUCGAUCAUGCGCGGGCUUUUAACGACCAUGCAAUUUUAGACAUAGUACAUUUAAAUAAAUACACAUAAUGUUAACAGAGAUCUAAAAGAGUACCUGUUGAGUUUCUUCUCAACAGAUAACAAUCUUCCGAACCUUGCAGUCAUUAACAAUGACGAUUUAAAAGGUUGCUUGUUAACAAGUCUUUGAAUAAAAAUGAUUUUAAAGUAUUCUGCGGUCCACUGUAUGUGAACUAGGAUGCCAGGAAUGUUCUUUUGUUCCAUUGAGUACAAAAAAAAAUGUUUAAUUAUUUUUGUGAGAGAAUAGAUUAGCAAAUGUUUCCGUUUUAGCUUUAUAGUAUUUGUAAUAAAAAAUCUAUGGCAAUGACGAUGAU